AUGUCAUCCCUGCAGGACAACAGCAGGAUCCCAACACAGAUAGCAGGUGUCUGGUGUGUAAGCAGAGAAGUUGUGGAUGAGGACAGAGCGCAGAAGGGGCGGGCGGGGGGAUGCAUCUCCCCCCACGCCAUCUCCGCAGCUCAGACACAAGACACUGCCCCACCACCACCCAGAAUGUCUUUGCCUAACCUCGAGAACGCUUCCACCCUGGAGAGCGCCAUGCAGCUCAUGAUCCAGACCUUCCACAAAUACUCCGGAAACGAAGGAGACAAAUACACAUUGAGUAGGGCCGAGCUCAAAGAGAUGCUGACCGUAGAGCUGGGCAACUACCUGGGGAACGCCCAGGACAAAGAGGCAGUAGACAAAGUUAUGGGGGACCUGGACUCCAACAACGACGGAGAGGUAGACUUCACCGAGUUCAUCAUCCUGGUCGGAGCUCUCACCGUCGCCUGCAACGACUUCUUCUUAGAAUACAACGAUAAGGAUCAGAAGAAGAAGUGA